CUCCUUGGAAACCCUAUGGGGCAGUUCUGCUCUGUCCUGUAGGGUUGCUGCGAGUCGAGAUCAACUUGACUGCAACGGGUUUGGUUUGGUUUUUGUUUUAUUGGUAACCACUUGAGUAAUCUAGACCCCAAAUUGAAUUUACCUGGUCAAAUUGGUAACGAGCGUUUUCUUGAAAGAUAAAUUCUUUGCAACAGAGUAAAAAUUGUAAUUGAGAGAAAACAUUAAAUUUACUGUGGCUUAGUGUACAGUUAUUGACAUUCUUAGAAGGACAUCAGCAGACAAUUGAUCUUUGUCAUCCCUUCCCCCGUAGACAGUGAGCUGCCGUAUCCUGGCAAAGGUAGAUUCCUGGGAAAAGGUGCUUGUUUAUCUUUGAUUUAGCCUGACUAGUUAGUUACUGUUGAUCGUUUCUUCCAGAUAACAUUUAGUUCUUAAAUAAUGUUUGUUGUUUCACUGCUAAUGAGUGUUUCAGCAGCACCGGCGAACCUCGGUGCAGGGAAUUCCUUACGCAUUGAGCCCCGCCCCAGUGUCCAGCGGGCCUCCGCGGGCCUUAGCUUCUGACUUUCCUUCCCCUGAGGCGUGUUAUUGUUUGAUGUGCAAUGAACAGAAUGAUUGACUUUCUCUAAGGACUUGACAAAAACUUCCACUGAGGAUGGCCCUCAUUUUUGAGGGGGGCACCGACCCCCAGGAGACAGGAUGAUGCCUACCCAGUGUUGGGUGUUUAGGGAGAUUUCUUAGACGAUGCUGGGACGGCAGCAGGCCCUUCUCUCGUGCCUGCCUCUCCUCAUCCUCCAAAUACACCACUCGGACACACACUGUCCACCACUGGGGAGGCGUUCACGUGACUGUUCGGCAUUGGAGCUCUAGGACUCACUUGUCACCCCUGGAACUGUCAGCAGCUGACUCAGAAUCAGGAGACCGAGUGGGGUAAUUGACUUCAGAGAGGGAGGGUUUGUGAUUGGACUUAAGCUGCUCAUACGGUGAUUCUUAGUUGUUUACAGUUCAGUUUCUCUUUUAGCAUUUCUUAUUCCCUGUGGUUUUGGAAUUGGUAGCAAUUCUAGUUUUUAAAAAGGAAUUCUAAACAUAUUCCAGAAUAUUUCGAAGAAUGUAACUCCUAAUAAUCAAAAUGCAUAUUUAGUGUAAUUUAUGUAUUUUUUAACCCUAUUUAUUUUCCUUUGUUCUUUUGCUCACAGUACAAAUAUUUCUGGUAUGCAGAUGUUAUUUGUAAAACAAGUUAUAGUUGUAACUAUUCUUAUUUCUAUGUUUUUCUUUAUUUUUAUUUUUUUUACAGAAAUGAGCCGUCAGACCGCGACAGCAUUACCCACUGGGACGUCCAAGUGUACCCCAUCCCAGAGGGUGCCUGCCCUCACAGGCACAACCGCAUCCAACAAUGACUUGGCGAGUCUUUUUGAGUGUCCAGUCUGCUUUGACUAUGUGUUACCACCCAUUCUUCAGUGUCAGAGCGGCCAUCUUGUUUGUAGCAACUGUCGCCCAAAGCUCACGUGUUGUCCAACUUGCCGGGGCCCGUUGGGGUCCAUCCGCAACUUGGCUAUGGAGAAAGUGGCCAAUUCAGUACUUUUCCCUUGUAAAUAUGCCUCUUCUGGUUGUGAAAUAACUCUGCCCCACACAGAAAAAGCAGACCACGAAGAGCUCUGUGAGUUUCGGCCUUACUCCUGUCCGUGCCCUGGUGCUUCCUGUAAAUGGCAGGGCUCCUUGGAUGCUGUCAUGCCCCAUCUGAUGCAUCAGCACAAGUCCAUCACAACCCUGCAGGGAGAGGAUAUCGUUUUCCUUGCUACAGACAUUAAUCUUCCUGGUGCUGUGGACUGGGUGAUGAUGCAGUCCUGUUUUGGUUUUCACUUCAUGUUAGUCUUGGAGAAACAGGAAAAAUACGACGGUCACCAGCAGUUCUUCGCAAUUGUACAGCUGAUAGGAACGCGCAAGCAAGCUGAAAAUUUUGCUUAUCGACUUGAGCUAAAUGGUCACAGGCGGCGAUUGACUUGGGAAGCGACUCCUCGGUCUAUUCAUGAGGGAAUUGCAACGGCCAUUAUGAAUAGUGACUGUCUAGUCUUUGACACCAGCAUUGCACAGCUUUUUGCAGAAAAUGGCAAUUUAGGCAUCAAUGUAACUAUUUCCAUGUGUUGAAAUGGCAGUCAGACCUUCUCUGGCCAGUGUUUAACACGUCGCAUUCAACUUCACAGAGAGUAAGGCAGCCGUCCGCCUGCCAGCCGGAAACUGCUUUAGUAGGUGGAAGCUAGACGCGGGAAGGUAAAUAAAAGGAAGGCUGUUAAUACAGGAAACAGUUGCAUGUAGUAACACUAAUAUAUUUAAAAAUAAGUCAACAGUAAACCACUGAGAAAAUAUAUAUAUAUAUAUCCUCCCAAGACGGGCAUCUUUUGUAUUAAGAAAGUUGAUUCUGCAGGAAGCAUUGUAAAAUAAUUCUGAAUUUGUGUUUGUUGUAGAUCGAUUGUACUGUUGAAAAAUACUGGGGUUUUUUGUUUUGUUUCGGCGUGUGUGUGCGCACGUGUGUAUGUGUGUGUUGGGUUUUUUCUCCCCCUUAACUGACAAGCCAUGUGGAGUGGUCCUGGACCGCUGCUUUCCGAGCCCUCUGUGAGUCACUGCGUAGUGCUGCUGUGUGUGGUUUUUCUUCGUGUGUGUGUGUGUGUGUGUGUGUGUGUGUUUGCUAAUUUUUAUUAAGUCUAGUUUUUCAUUAAAUAAAUAAAUUUGACUUUCUUUUCUGUAAUUCAGGUUUUUCCUUACUUUUUUUGUACCUUUUUAAAGUUAGUGUCUUUUUGAUAUGCAUAAUUGUUUAUGGUGAAGUUAUACAUAUGUGUUUGGUAUUUUCUUUUCCCCCAUUGAUCAGUUAAUUAGAAAUAUUUUAAAUUCAGCUGUUUUGUGAAGAUAAGAAUUCCAGAAAGGAAAGGUAACAUUGGAAGAAUUAUCAAAAGCUAUUUAAAGCAGCUAAAAAAAUGGUCUCAGUUCUGUCUCUUUUUUCCAUUUGAGUCAUACCUUCAAACUUAUUUUUUGAAAGGUUAGGGAAUAAAUUCUGAUUUUUAAAAAAAAGAAAAUCAGGCUUUUUUUUUCCUUUUUCAGAUAUUUUGGGUAAAUCACAUGUUUAAAAUUUGUUCUUGUAUUUAUUGGUUUUGGAGAAGAAGGCAUAGUCUUACACAGUAUUUGUAAUUAAAAGCAAAUCAUUUGUUUAAAAAAGACAGUUUGCAAAAAAAAGAUGUUUUUGUCUUUUAUAAUUCUCAUUAAAAGAAUAUCUGGCAAAUUAAAAACUCUUAAUGUGUCUGCUUUAGCUCUAAGUUUGAUGAAAAUCCCCCAGUUACUUUCCUCUUGCGUUCUGCACUUUGGGAGAGCUUAGAUAAGCUCUGAGGCUGGAGAAUGCUUAAGGCCACUGUUUGGAUUACAGUUUCCUUUCUUCCUUCUUGCCAACAUCUUGUCACCAGCGGCCUUGCUUCCUGAGGGUGCACUGGAGUUAAUACUAGUAGCGACCUCGGGAGGUUGAACGGGUACAAGUCAGUUACCUAGAACGUUGCUUCCGUGGAGUAAGCACCGUCAGAUGGAAGCUGCUGUGGGUGUGCCUACGGGUAAUUGUUGCUCAUCAGCCUUCGAGGUACAUGGCAACACUUUGAAAUUGCCUUCUGAAUGGCCAGAGAUCAUUUUAUUUUGUGUGGUUUCUAUGGAUACUGUUAAGUCUAGAAAGUCAAUUACAAUUAAUUUGUAUUUCCCCCUUACCCCACCAUCAAUUCCAGACAACAGAGUUUACUUCUCUUAGUCUUUGUCUUCCCUGUGUGAGCGUUGCUUUUUGAACUGGUUAGAACGUGUGCUUGUGAAGCCAUUUCUUUGUGCUGAAAAGGAACAGUUCAACCACAAAUCCAGGCCUACUGUUAGCAUGUGUUUUACAAAAGCAGCUUUUCCACCCUACUUGGUCCAAACAGACAAACCAAACC